UGAGACUCCAGCAGGAUGUCUUAUCAACAGCAGCAGUGUAAGCAGCCCUGCCAGCCACCUCCUGUGUGCCCCACACCAAAGCGCCCAGAGCCAUGUCCACCCCCGAAGUGUCCUGAGCCCUGCCCACCACCAAAGUGUCCAGAGCCCUGCCCACCUCAGCAAUGCCAGCAGAAAUGUCCUCCUGUGCCACCUUCCCCACCCUGCCAGCCAAAGUGUCCACCCAAGAGCAAGUAA